AUGAACCGAUACACGACCAUGAGGCAGCUGGGGGACGGCACCUAUGGGAGUGUGCUUAUGGGCAAGAGCAACGAGUCUGGGGAGCUGGUGGCCAUCAAGAGGAUGAAGAGGAAGUUCUAUUCUUGGGAUGAGUGUAUGAACUUGCGAGAAGUUAAGUCUCUGAAGAAACUCAAUCAUGCCAAUGUGAUUAAGCUAAAAGAAGUUAUCAGAGAAAAUGACCAUCUUUAUUUUAUAUUUGAAUAUAUGAAAGAAAACCUCUAUCAGCUAAUGAAAGACAGAAACAAACUGUUCCCUGAGUCAGUCAUCAGAAAUAUUAUGUAUCAGAUACUGCAGGGGCUGGCCUUUAUCCACAAACACGGCUUUUUUCACAGGGACAUGAAACCUGAAAACUUGCUUUGUAUGGGUCCAGAGCUGGUGAAAAUUGCUGAUUUUGGACUUGCAAGAGAAUUGAGAUCACAGCCACCAUACACUGACUAUGUAUCUACCAGAUGGUAUCGUGCUCCUGAAGUUUUACUGAGAUCUUCCGUGUACAGCUCCCCCAUUGAUGUGUGGGCCGUGGGAAGUAUAAUGGCCGAGCUAUAUACAUUUAGACCGCUUUUCCCAGGGACAAGUGAGGUUGACGAAAUAUUUAAAAUUUGCCAAGUCUUAGGGACUCCCAAGAAAAGUGAUUGGCCAGAAGGAUACCAACUUGCAUCCUCCAUGAAUUUCCGCUUUCCCCAGUGCAUUCCUAUAAACCUAAAAACUCUCAUCCCCAAUGCCAGCAGUGAGGCUAUUCAGCUAAUGACAGAAAUGUUGAACUGGGAUCCAAAGAAACGACCAACCGCAAGCCAGGCAUUGAAGCACUCGUAUUUUCAAGUCGGUCAGGUACUGGGCCCUUCCGCACACCAUCAGGAUGCAAAGCAGACUUUAAACAAGCAGCUGCAGCCACUGGAACCAAAGCCAAACAUAGUUGAUCAGCCUUUGCCAAACAUAGUUGAUCAGCCUGCCGGGCAGCCCCAACCAAAACAGGGCCACCAACCACUGCAGCCCAUUCAACUACCACAAAACACAGUGAUCCAGCCACCUCCAAAGCAGCAGGGUCACCAGAAACCACCACAAACGAUGUUUCCAAGUAUCAUCAAAACCAUACCAAUGAAGUCAGUCAGCACACUGGGCCAUAAAGGAGCUCGGAGACGCUGGGGCCAGACGGUCUUCAAGUCUGGAGACAGCUGUGACGACUUUGAGGACUGUGACUUCGGAGCCUCCCAUUCCAAAAAGCCGAGCAUGAGCACCUUCAAGGAAAAGAAGAAAGGGUCUCCAUUUAGGCUCCCAGAGUCGGGACCCCCAGACUCCACCCACUCCAAGGGGGAAAAUAGGAGUUUACAUGCUGCUGUUCCCAUGAAGUCCGAUACAAACUUGUCAACCGCUUCAACUGCUAAGCAGUACUAUUUGAAACAAUCAAGAUACCUCCCAGGUGUGAAUCCCAAGAACGUGUCUUUGGUAGCCGGGGGCAAGGAUAUUAACGCACAGGCUUGGAAUAGUCAACUAUUUCCUAAGUCGUUGGGACCCGUGGGGGCAGAACUUGCCUUCAAGAGGAACAAUGCCGAAGAAAGCAUUAUUAAACCGAUUGAACACCUGUCAUGCUCUGAAAAGUCCACUGAGAAGCUAGAGCACCCACAAGGAACCCUUGGAAGCUACACCACUUACAACCAGACAGGAUACAUGCCUUCCUUUCUCAAGAAAGAAGUGGGGUCAGCUGGCCAGAGGAUCCACUUGGCACCUCUUGGUGCGACAGCUUCGGAAUAUGCCUGGAACACAAAACCUAGCCGAGGCCCAUUUUCAGGACGAACUUAUAAUCCCACAGCAAAAAAUCUCAAUAUCAUGAACCGCACACAGCCAGUCCCCUCGGUGCACGGGAGGACAGACUGGGUGGCUAAGUACGGAGGCCACCGGUAG